GCCGCCAGUAACAAAAACCGCGUGGUCAGGCGUUCUGGACGCCGUCCAGAAGCCGCCAAAAUGUCCACAGUAUGGAACUGGCGACGAGGACUGCCUCUACCUCAAUGUCUUCGGCCCCGAGAGGCCGUCAGAGAACGGGACGCUUAAAACUGUCAUGGUGUGGAUCCACGGUGGGUGCUUCACUGGAGGAACUGGCAGCGACGCCAUACCGGAGUACUUUGUGGACCAGGACGUGGUCUUCGUGAACAUAAAUUAUCGCCUGGGAUUACUUGGUUUCCUUAGCACAGGCGACGAUGUUGUGCCCGGAAAUAUGGGUCUUAAGGACCAGAUGGAGGCACUGCGAUGGGUGCAGAGGAACAUAGCAGCGUUUGGUGGCGAUCCCCAGCAAGUAACCAUCUUCGGCGAGAGUGCAGGGGGAGCGUCGAUUCAUUACCACAUACUGUCUCCUCUGAGCAAAGGCCUGUUCCAGAAAGCCAUAGCGAUGAGUGGCACAGCACUGAGCCCGUGGGCGUUCUCCAGGAACGCCACGGACAGGGCGCUCCGGUUCGCCAGACACCUCGGCUACACAGGGACGGGCUCAGCCGACCUGGUCAACUUCCUCAAGACUGUGGACGCCUACACCCUUGUGGAUGACAUGGGCAGCGCUCUCUCGGAAGAGGACAGCGUGAGUCUGUUCACCUGCAUCUGGGCGCCCAGCAUUGAACCGCAGAGCGAGUCAGCGAUGCUGACUGAAGAGCCGUGGACGCUGGUGGCCGGGGGUCGCUACACUUACGUCCCUUUCAUGGCGGGAAGCUGCGACCUUGAGUCGCUUAAAUCAACACAAACCGGAGGAACACUGUCUACAGAAGAGCAAGUAAGCAACCUGAACGAAAACUUUGAGGAAAUUGUUGCCUGUGACAUACGACUACCGACGAGGGAAGAACAGUUGGCUGCCGCUCGUUCCGUCAAAGAAUUCUACUACAACGGCAGCGACAUCACCUUGCAGGAGAACUACACCACAGCUCUGUUCUCUUCACACCUUUUCUUCGUGGAAGGGGUGGACACAGUUACCAGAAGCAUGGCCCGCUAUUCCUCGGAGCCGGUGUUUUACUACGAGUUUGCAUUCAACGGCGCUCUCAGCCAGUAUCCUGGAGGUCCAGGGGCGUCUCAUGGUGAUGAUACACUGUACCUGUUUCCAGCAUCGCAACCCGAUCCAAAAUCGGAUAGUGCUCUUAUCAGAGACCAGAUGACAGCUAUGUUUGCCAAUUUCGCUAAAUACAAUAAUCCUACCCCUGAGUUGGGCUCCCUGGUGACGGAGGCGUGGCCAGAGUAUGACGAGUCCUCACGCAGCUACCUGGUGUUGGCGGAGCCUCUGAGAACGGCCAGCGACAUGUUUGGCCCCUACAUGACCUUCUGGCAUGACUUGCUGCCUUAG